AUGACCAAGACACAUAGCACAUGUUCAAGGCCUUCGCCUCGCCUCACCCCGAAUCCAGAGAGUGGUCAGAUGGAACGACGCGGCCCGCACUCUUCCGUUCUCCUCGAGGCCGAAAUUUCGGAACGUCCCGCCCCUCGCGUCAGUUUUUUUUUCUGUUUGGAUGACGCGGCGGUCGUCUGCGGCGACGCCGCCGGCCCAGUGACCAGCACCGAGUGGUCCGCGCCCGCCGGCUCCACGCUCUCGCGAAUCCGCGCGCUCUCUGCCAACUCGCUCGGGCCUCCGUGUUCUUUGGCUGUGCACUCGAACAGGGUGGAGAAGAGAGAGAGAGAGAGAGAGAGAGAGGUCACCCCCGCAGCCCCACAGAAAGGCGAAGAAGCGCGAAAGUAG